AUGGGGAAUACAAUUGGCAAAGACAAGAAUGAGGAUACAGUGGACGGCGGGAACCUAGUUCCACACGGCAUAUACAAAGGACCACAAGACUGGGACUAUCGAGCGGUUCGUAAACUCAUUAUUGAGCGGAAGCUCUCUCCUUUUUAUAAAGGAUUGUCAGACUACGACGAUAACUGGGAUGAGGUCACCCUGACUACCCACAACCUUCCGAAAAACGGUGAAGCUACUAAAAAAGCUGGGACUUUUAACAGUAACGACAGUAAUUUAUCAUCAUCUUCUUCUUCGUCGAAUAAUAAAGAGCAAAAGCGUACUCUUUCCCCCUCAAAUACUGCAGUUGCUUCUAAUACUAGUGGCACAGUUGGUCAACCGAAGGGAAAAGAGAUGUUACCGGCAAAGUCACUUGAGGCUUUAUUGUAUAAAGGCGCUGUAGAAUGUCCUAUUUGUUUUUUAUAUUACCCGCGUAACAUUAAUCAUUCAAGAUGUUGCGAUAAACCGAUUUGCACAGAAUGUUUUGUACAAAUCAAACGACCUGAGGCUGGUAGUUUAGGCGCGAAUAAUUCACCGGCAGUUUGUCCUUUUUGUGUUGAACCAAAUUUCGGUGUUUGCUAUACGCCACCGUCAUUCAGUGCUGGACUUAAUGCUACAGAGACGGGGACUUCUGCAUUCUCUUCUAGUACUCAAAAUUCAUCAAACUCUUUACUUUCCGCACCUUCUACUAAUACUCCAAAUCUACAGGAUCCAAAGACUCGACGGAAAAGCUUAAGUCAUAAAAAUUCCGAAGUCGUUACAUCCGAUGCCAUACGGCCAGAUUGGGUUACACGUGUUACUAUGCAACCGACACGUGGGCAACAAGGUUCACGCCGAUCAUCAGCCUCAACGCCAAAUAGCACGCCUUCACGACGCUUAACUGUAAGGCCAGCAGCAAUGCGUAAUAUGGGCACAGAUUUGGAGGAAUUAAUGGUUAUGGAAGCAAUACGAUUAAGUAUUUUAGAACAAGAGGAAAGAGAACGACGGGAAAGAGAAGAGAGUACAAGAGCCGAAAAUGAAGAUGAAACAAUAAUAAGUAUGUCCACUGAAUCACUCGAGUCUGGAUUACCAUCGAAUUCAUUAAUGAAUCAUGAUCAAUUAUCAACGAGAACGGCCACGGCAUUAUUUGCUCCAUUUACAGGCUCAACCCUCAACAUAGCUACCUCAUCGACAUCAAAUUUCAAUGAUGUGCUCCCUCCACCAUUUGAAGACGAUAAUAAACCACCACCACCGAUUGAACAGGAUGAAAAUAAUAAUUCUAUUACUAUUGUACAAAAUGAUAAUAAUAGAGAUUUAGAUUCUAGUGGUUCGUGGGAACCGGCUUGA